AUGGCCACCUCCACGGUGGAGGCGUGCACGAUCGUGGGUGGAGGCCGCGUCGGCCAGGCGCUCGCAGAGAUGGGCCCCGGCACUGAUGUCAUCGUCAAGCGGGGCGGCAAGAUCGAGGGGCCCCCCGGCCCCAUCAUCGUCGCAACGCGCAACGACGCGCUGGACGGCAUUGUGGACGCGACACCCGAGGAUCGGCGCAAGGACCUGGUCUUCAUCCAGAACGGGAUGCUGCAGCCGUGGCUGGACUCAAGGGGCCUCGGGGACAACACACAGCUGCUGGUGUACUUUGCGGUAGCGAAACUGGGGGAUGCCCCCACUGACGGCAAGACGGACGUCAACCCAGAGGGCCUCACGGCCGCAUACGGCCGCCACGCAGAGGCCGUCGCUGCGCGGCUGUAUGCGGGCGGCCUGAGCUGCAAGGUCCUGGGCAAGGCUGAGUUCACGCAGGCAAUGCUGGAGAAGCUGGUCUGGAUCAGCGCCUUGAUGCUCGUCGGGGCCAAGCACAAGGUCACCGUGGGGGAGGUCGAGUCCAAGCACACGGCGGAGGUCUCCGCGCUCAUCUCAGAGCUCUUGGCUGCCGGCGGCGCCGCGCUCGGCGUCCCCACGGCCCCCGGCGCGGUGGAGCGGCUCAACGCCUACUCGCGCAGCGUGGCGCACUUCCCGACAGCCGUGAAGGAGUUUGAGUGGCGCAACGGCUGGUUCUACGGGCUCACCCAGGCGGCCGCCAAGGAGGGUAAGCCGGACCCCUGCCCCCUGCACACGGCGCUGCUCAAGGAGGUCGGCGCGAUCUGA